UGCUGCUGUUUACUUCUCCCCCCUUGCUGUCUCUUGUCGGUUCGGGUGGAUGAAAUAUUUGUCUUGUGUUGGGUCAACGUUAGGUUACGAUUUUGUUUUUCGCAUUUGGUUUUGUUUGUCGUUAAUUAAAAAUGGGGUUAUUUAGAUUUUCUAAUGUAUUCACCAGGAAACAAUUUACUCAGUUAAUAAUUAUGCGAGCUCAAAUGCAUAUUAAAAAAGAAAUAAGAAGCAAUGGUGUUGCUGUUAUUAAAGUGGAUUCCCCUGGUGCAAAGGUUAAUACUUUGCAUCGAGAACUAAUGGCAGAAGUCACCGAAACAUUACAGAGCAUAUAUUCAGAUCCUAAAGUUACUAGUGCUGUUUUAAUAUCUGGCAAACCAGGAAAUUUCAUAGCUGGGGCAGAUAUAGGAAUGUUACAAGCAUGUAAAACAAAGGAAGAAAUAUGUACCUUAUCUAAAGCUGGACAAGAUGUCUUAAUGCAAAUAGAGAAAAGUGAAAAACCUAUAGUCUCUGCCAUUAUGGGAACAUGUUUAGGAGGUGGUUUAGAGGUUGCAUUAGCUACUCAUUAUCGUAUUGCUGUGAAAGAUAAAAAAACUGGAUUAGGUCUGCCUGAAGUACUUCUCGGGCUUCUUCCUGGAGCUGGAGGUACUCAAAGAUUACCAAGACUUAUUUCAUUACCUGAUGCCUUGGAUAUGAUCUUGACGGGGAAGACAGUGCGACCUGACAAAGCUAAAAAAUUGGGACUAGUAGAUUUAUUGGUUGAUCCAUUGGGACCUGGUAUAAAAAGCCCUGAAGAAAGAACUAUGGAAUAUUUAGAAGAAGUUGCUGUUCAAAUUGCAAAUGAUAUAGCCAAGAAAAAAAUGAAAAUUAGUAGAACAAAACCUUUAAUGCAAAAGGUUUUAAAUACUGCUUUGAGUUUCAAAUUUGUCCGAGAUCAAAUAUUUUCAAAAGCCAAAGCACAAGUAAUGAAGCAAACUAGUGGAUUGUAUCCAGCACCUUUAAAAAUAUUAGAGGUUUUUAGAACAGGUUUAGAAAAAGGAUUAGAUGCUGGGUACGCUGCAGAAUGUGAUGGAUUUGGUGAAUUAGGCAUGACUACUCAUUCAAAAGCUUUAAUUGGUUUGUAUACUGGACAAACUCUUUGCAAGAAAAAUCGCUUUGGAACACCAACAAACCCACCUAAAACUGUCGCUGUUUUGGGAGCUGGUUUGAUGGGUGCUGGCAUAGCUCAAGUUAGUGUUGAUAAAUCAUACGAUGUUUUAUUAAAAGAUAUCAGUAACGAAAGUCUUGCAAAGGGAAUAAACCAAAUAUACAAAGGAUUAGAUUCAGGUGUUAAAAGGAAAAGAAUUUCCUCACAUGAAAGAGAUCGGUACAUGUCUAAACUGAAUGGGGUUUUGGAUUACAGUAAAUUCAAAAAUGUUGACAUUAUUAUUGAAGCUGUUUUUGAAGAUCUUGGCAUUAAACAUAGAGUAAUAAAAGAAGUUGAACAGCAUGUUCCUCAGCACUGCAUCAUCGCAUCAAACACAUCUGCUCUGCCUAUUCAUAAAAUUGCUGAAGCUAGUAAGCAGCCAGACAAGGUCAUUGGAAUGCAUUACUUUUCACCUGUGGAUAAAAUGCAGCUUUUAGAAAUUAUUACUACUGAUACUACCUCAAAAGACACAGCUGCAGCUGCUGUUGAUGUGGGCCUGAAACAAGGAAAGGUUGUUAUUGUAGUAAAAGAUGGUCCUGGGUUUUACACAACACGAAUUCUGGCACCCAUGCUUUUUGAAGUAGUUUACUUAAUGCAGGAAGGUAUUAGUCCCAAGAAACUUGAUGCAAUAACCAAGCAAUUUGGAUUCCCUGUUGGAGCAGCUACAUUAGCCGAUGAAGUUGGUUUGGAUGUAGGGGCUCAUAUUUCAGAGUAUUUAUCCGGUGUCUUUGGAGAGCGCUUUAUUGGAAAGACUAACAUUAAUGUUCUGAAGGAUAUGGUGUCAGCAGGAUUCUUAGGUCGCAAGUCUGGUAAAGGAUGUUUUGUGUAUACUCCUGGAGUUAAAGAACGAGAUGUUAACAUGCAAGCAGAAGAGAUUAUAAAAAAAUACAAAGUAGCAGCUCCUAAAGAAUGCACUGAUGAAGAGCUUCAAAUGAGAUUAGUUACAAGGUUUGUGAAUGAAGCAGUACUUUGUUUACAAGAAGGAAUUUUAGCAAAUCCUUUGGAAGGAGAUAUUGGUGCAGUAUUUGGACUUGGUUUCCCACCAUUCCAUGGAGGUCCAUUCCGCUAUGUGGAUACUUAUGGAGCAGAUAAAAUUGUACGAUGGAUGGAACAGUUCCAAGAACUGUAUGGAAAUCAAUUCACACCCUGCCAGCUACUCUUAGAUCAUUCUAAGGAUUCUAGCAAGAAAUUCCACAAGUCUUAGUGUAUGUUAUAAUUACUUAAAUAUCAAAAAUUGGAAUAUUUACAAAAAUUAGCUAUAAUUUUUAUUUUCAAAUGGCAGUUUUAUAAUUUUUCUUUUCUGAUGUUGAAAUUUAUAUUAUGAAAAAUUUUACAAUCAAAAUCUUAACUGUAUUAUUCAGGGUCAUAAAAUUAGCUGCAUUAUUUACAUAUAUUUAUUAAAUACAUAUCUGUUUCCCAUAUUCAGCACAAAAAGUGAAAAAUUAUUAAAGGGAAUCAAAUUUUCUUAUAUUUACCAAAGACUUGGCUUUGUUAUUUUAAAUUGGCUUAUCUAUGAAGAAGGCAGUUUAAUGCUUGUAAUGGUUUUAUGUUUUUGUUUCUGAAUGUCCUAAAGUUGUGAACAAAUAUUUGUAUUGAUAAAAUUUAACUUGGAAAUUUUUAAGCAUGUACAUAGCAAAUAAUAUAUUGAAUAUUUUAUAACAUAUUUUUGUGCUGAUACUGAGCAAUAUGUGUACAGUUUAUGAAAUAAACACUUUUUACUAUU